UUUAACCGUCGGUUAAUCUAACCGGACUUGGUGAAAUUGGCCCUAACACAGGAGCAGUUUCAAAACACGCACAUUUCGACAAUAAACAAUAAACAUACAUCUACUUAGAUUGUUGUGUUAUCAGCAUUUAUUUUAAUAUGUAAAAACGACUUUUAUCAGUUUUUUUCAAUUUUGUUGAUAAAUUCGUAAUUUUAUUGCAUGUUGUACAAUAUAUUUUGCAAUUUUGAUUCAAUAUAACUUUCAAGAUCGAGCUACAUUUUCAUAUUUAGAUGAAAGAUGAUAUUAAGCCGUAAACGACCACUUCGAACUUACGAGAGAAAAACUGCUAAGAAGCUUUUCACAAAUUCGCUACUAUCUCCUGUUAUAUUGAUUAGAAAAUAUAACCCUGUGGAAAAUGAUAGCUCCAAUGAUAAUGAAAUAUGCAACAAUUCCCUAAAUGAUGAUCCAUUCGAAACAACAUUCGACAGAAUUGCCAAGGGAGCAGUAGUGCCUCCUAUACCACUGGAUACAAAUCAAAAUAAUACAUGGAAAGGUAGCAGUAGUGACAGCGAUAUCAACAAUUCAACAAAUGUUGUAAAAUCACAUGAGCAUACAGCCUUUGAUUUUUUCACAUGCGAUGGCUUAAAUACAUUUGGCUCAUCACAUAGUGAUAUACCUAAGUUAACACAUAGGAGCAUUAAAAUUACUCGUAAACACAAAAGACUACAAAGAAAUGAGUCAAAAGUUGUGGUUUCUAAAAGAAAAAUAUCUAAGAAAGCAACAACAAUACUAAAACAUAAAACACAGGAGCAGAAGAAACAAGGAAAUAAGAAACAAAUGAAAAAAACGCAAUCUGAGUCUAAAAAAUCUAGUCGUACGUGCAAUGAACAGACAUCUCGUAUGUAUUCUAGUGAUGUAAAUAAUUUGGAGGAUACUACAUGCAAAAGUGAUACUUCACACAAUAAUAGCAAUAAGCAUCUGCAUAAAAGUGUUUUAAAGAUCAAAAAUAUAUCGCAAACUGAAUUGAUUAAAACUAACAACUCCAUUGCAGCUUUUAAAUAUAUUUUAAAUUGCCAUCAGAAUAUCAAACCGUGUUUUGUUGCGUUAGAUGCUUGCACUGUUCAGAAUUAUAUACUGAAUCGUGAGAAAGCUGUGGGAGCUAAACAACAUAUAUUUUGUGAUGCAAAAUUUGUGUGUACAGAUACUUCACACACUAAAAAAAAUAUUUCUAAAGGACAUAAUGCUAUUUUGCAACCAAACUCGAUUGAAUAUGACACUAUCAUUGGAAGAUUCAAACAUUUGUCGAUUAAAGAAUGCUUUGUAGUAUUGCACGAUGAUAUUAUCAAGAAUCGGGUAUCAAAGACUGAAAAAAGUGUAAAUGAUUCUGUUGACGCGAAAAAUAAGUCAAAUGUACCACAUUUAACUCUUCGUAAUUUGUCUACUUCUUAUAAUACCAGUAGCACUAAACUUGUGCUAUAUGAUACAAAAAGGAAUGGUAGAGAGCGAAUAAAAGAUAGCGUCGUAAAGAUGGAAAGAUUAAAAGUAGAGGAAUUUGUAAAGAAAGACAAUAUGGUAUUUAAUGAAAGAGAGCAAUACAUAAUUUCUAGCACUCCUAUCAACAAACGCAUAAAAUCUGACGCCUGUUCAGCAUCUUUCUCUCCUAUCAAUAUCAAUAUUCGUGACGCGCUAUAUCCGAAAUACGAAUGUUCAAUUCCAAAUGUGGAAGAAGAGGAUUUCUCCAUUGUACUUCCCAAUCAAAAAAAUUCUCCUUCGUUGAUUAUGCCGUCGAAGUACAGUUUCGACAUCGUAGAUAUACACGAACAUCCGACACAAGUUGUGCAAUCCUCCCAGAAGACGCAAACCAGAGAUUCUGUUUUAAAAAUCGAAGCUUCCUCCUCCGAGGACAUUCAUACAUUGUCUACGCAGAAGUAUAACAUAGAAAGCGAUGUAAUGGAAGAACCUCCGCAUUUCUUGAAUAUUUUGUCCAUCGCAGAUAGCGAUCCAUCGUUAUUCAGCGAUACAACACAUGAUUAUUCGUCGAAGAAUACAGAGGAAUGUAAAGUGCAAAAGAUACAUUUAACAAAUACAUCGACAUGUGAUGAAAUUGCACAUGCGACGGAUUCGUUCGUUGAUCUCCAAGAACAAGAGCAAAUAAACGGUAAUACAAAUACGAAGAUUGAAGCUGUUAACAAUGAGAAAGGCAGCUGUCUUAGCGAAAGUCUAGAUAAUGUCAACAACACCGCGUUGCUCGCGCGAUUGCAGGAUUCGAUCAGAAUUACAGGAAGGAGAAUGCGAUAUCCCAAAUGGCAUCUCAGCAUUCAGUUAAAUAUUUCCAAAAACUCGAAUGACGAAGCCACAGAAGCGAAUAGCAAGGUAUUCUAUCGCGACGCAAUCGAUGAAAUUCGCGACAUCCAAUCGGAGAUGUAUAAUUUCGAACGUUCUGCGAAUGCAGUAAAGAAAUCCUUCGAUCACGUCGAACUAUUUGUUGACUCCGCACAAUCGCACGAUAAUGCGAAUAAACGAAUCGAAAAGUCCGUUUUUCUAAAACCAGGCAAAUAUUGGGCUAGAUCUUUAUCGAUAUUGAAUCGCAUAAACGACAUAUCUAAUUUAGACAAAUUGAGCCUCGGAAAAGGAAAGAGAUGGAGACAUAGCGUCAAAGAUAUACUGGAUAUGCAGAAACAAGGAAUUUUCCAAAGCUGUUUGAAAAGUGAUGAUGACGCAGAUGUGUCCUGCAAAGAGCUCAAUACAUCGGAUAUCGUAUCGUCGUUUGACGAUAACAAGCGUGAAACGUUUAAUUCGGCGAACCAUGCUAGACUCUCCAAGAGAAUCUCGGUGCGAGUCGUGCCUAAUAAUACGACUACUGGAUGCAAGAUCAAAGAUACCUCGUUUCUCGAGGCAUUUGGAAUAAAGUCGGAAAAAUCUCCGAGCUUGAAACUAUCGCAUCGUAAGGAAUCACACGAUAAUCAAAUUAUCAAAGGACAUUCCACAACUGCGAGAGAUGUUGUUUUACAAAGAUGUUCGCAAAACUCUUACUUAUCUUUCUCCUAUUGCUUCCCAGAUUCAUACUUGGAAUAUUGCCGCAAAAUUGGCGAAGGUGUUUACGGAGAAGUCUUUCUCUACGAAUAUUUUGAUAAGAAGUCAGUUAUAAAAAUUAUUCCUAUAGAGGGCGAAAAGUUGGUCAACGGCGAGGCGCAGAAAAAGUUUAACGAAAUACUGUCGGAAAUUGUGAUCGCAAAAGAAUUGGAUAAUCUGAGAUUAAAUACUACGUAUAAGACCAGCGGAUUUGUCGAAGUACGAAGUAUCAAAUGUAUCGUGGGAAAAUAUCCGAAGAGGCUUGUAGAGCUGUGGAACACUUAUGACGACAACAAGACAUCCGAUAACGAUUGUCCGUCGAUGUUCGACGAAAAUCAAUUAUACAUUGCUCUCGAACUUGGUGACGGUGGAGAGGAUCUCGAAGCUUUCGUCUUUCAAACCGCGGAGGAAGCCUGUGCUUUGUUUUUACAAACUGCAUUUGCAUUAGCCGUUGCCGAGAAGGCAUUCGAAUUUGAACAUAGAGAUUUGCAUUGGGGUAAUUUAUUGAUAUCGAGAACGAAAGAACCGUACGUGUAUUAUAAUCUUGACGAGAAAGAGAUCAGGCUGCCAAGCAAAGGUGUAAAGGUAUCGAUCAUAGAUUUCACCCUGUCGAGAAUGUUGUAUCAAGGAUGCUGCAUAUAUAACGAUCUUGCAUUGGAUCCGGCCUUAUUUACCGCACACGGCGAAUAUCAGUUUGAGAUCUAUCGUCUAAUGCGUGAGAAAAUUCAGAAUAAUUGGAAUAAGUUUGAACCAUACACGAAUAUCUUAUGGUUGCAUUAUACUUUGGAUAAGAUGAUUACAUCGGUAAGAUACAAAAGGAAGAACUUAAAAGUACAUAAACACGCUAUCCUCAGAUUGAAGGAAUUUAAGGACAUAAUUUUAAAAUAUGACAGUGUGUUCGAUUUUGCAACUGAUUCCAGCGUCGCGCAUUUGUAAUGCAAGCCGACGAGAAGAGAUGUCUCGGUAACUUUGUACAUCUUUAAAGAUAUUCUAUGUGACACUUGGUCACAUAUGUGUACAAAUCAAUAACGUUAGUGCUGUUCAAGACUGAAAAAAAUUACUGAUAAUCUUUCUUAAACUUUUACACUCUGCGCCUUGUAAUAAUUGUUUAUAAUUAAAAUUGAAUAACUUCGCGUUUUCCGUAGACUUUUUUACGCAUAUGAUAAUAAUGACCGUUAACGAAAAAAUUAAAUAAUUUUAUAUAUGAAAAAAAAUUCAAUCUUUGAAAUUCUUUAAUUAUUCUUUAUUCAAUAUAUGAUCUCUAUUCUCUAUUUUAUCGAUACAACAAUUGUUUAUCUUCAAUAUCUAAUAAAGUGACUUUACGUGAAUUAAU